UUUGGUAUUGCACUGUACAUAUCAUCAGUCAUCACAUACAUACAUCACGACUAACAAACUCAAUUCAUCAUCACACUCAUAGCAAGUUCGUUGGCAACAAAUUAAUUAACUAAAAUUUCCCGCCAACAAAAAACGCUACGCUACUAUAAAACAAAUAUAAGGCAUGAUGGCAAGUGUGAGUGAGAUUGUUAUCACAAAUUUCAUCAGAACAAAAAGAAAAAGAAGAAAAUGAAGAAUGGAAAACGAAACCCACUUUCAGAUCUCACUAAUAAUUCUUCAACCCAUUUUUCAUCUUCAUCUUCCACCGUUCAACCAAACAACAACACCUCCAUCCUUCGGAAAACCCGUUUGAAAUUGAAUCCCCUUCUUGAUGUUGUUGUUAAGCCAUUAUCACUUCCUUCCACAAAGAAUCCAAAGAAGGAACUAGCACUUCGCACUCCAUUAACUGUUCGAUGCAAAAAGAAGCAGCGUGGUGUGCCUAAUGAACAAGUUGAGUUUCAAGAUUUCAUUGAGAAACAGAAGGCAUACUAUAAGGAGAUUGAUGAAUUCGAACUCGAGGAAGAAGAGGUUGAAUCUGUUGAUGAGUGAUUGAUAUAAUAUUCAAAUUUCAGUACUUAAUUGAGACUAAUACAUUAAUGUAGUCAAUUAAUUGUUGAUAUAUAGUACAGUACUCUUCAAAAUUCCCAAUUUCCUAAUUAGGUUGUACACUAUCUUGUUUCACAUGAGAUAAAUUUGUAGUUUGAGAAUUUUUUAGUAUAAGCUUACAAUACAAAACUUGCUAUAAAUGAA